ACAUCUAUCUGAUUCUGAUCGUAUACAGAAAAACUUGAACCCUUCUUUCGUUUUAUAAGCUCGCAUUAAUUUCAGUCUUUCAACUCGUAAGCUUUUUUACUUCCCUUCAUUUUUCCUCCCAGACGCAAAAGUUAUCUCUCUUUUUUUUUUUGCAUCCAAAGUUAGCUCCUGCUGCUACCUUUAGGACCUUUUCCUGAAAUGCUUCUCAGAUUUGUCCCAGUUUUUGUUCUUCUCAUCUUUUGCUUCAACAGCAAACAAUCAUGCGGCUUGAUGAGUUCCAACCAACAAUCAGAAUUCUUCAAGCUUAUGAAAAACUCUCUUUCCAGCGAUGCUUUGUCCUCUUGGAAUCUUUCCGACGAGGUGACUUCUUACUACUGUAACUUCACUGGCGUAAGGUGCGACGGUCAAGGGCUUGUCACCGAUCUUGAUCUUUCCGGUUUGUCACUCUCCGGGAUUUUUCCAGAUGGUAUUUGCUCUUUCCUCCCAAACCUUCGUGUUCUCCGUCUCUCUCGCAACCAUCUGAAUAGAAGCAGCAGCUUCCUCAAGGACAUCCCUGACUGUGAUCUUCUUCGAGAGCUGAACAUGAGCUCUCUCUAUCUCACAGCCACACUCCCUGAUUUCUCUCCCAUGAAAUCUCUAAGAGUCAUAGACAUGUCUUGGAACCACUUCACCGGUAGCUUCCCACUCUCGAUAUUCAAUCUCACCGAUUUAGAGUAUCUUAAUUUCAAUGAGAACCCUGAACUCGAUCUCUGGACUCUACCGGAUUAUGUCUCGAAGCUCACGAAGCUCACACACAUGCUCCUGAUGACGUGUAUGCUCCACGGUAAUAUCCCAAGGUCCAUCGGGGAUAUGACUUCCCUUGUUGAUCUUGAACUAAGUGGAAACUUCCUCUCUGGCGAGAUUCCCAAAGAAAUCGGGAAUCUUUCCAACCUAAGGCAGCUUGAGCUUUACUAUAAUUAUCACUUAACCGGCAGUAUACCUGAAGAAAUCGGUAAUCUCAAAAAUCUCACGGACAUAGAUAUUUCGGUUAGCAAGUUAACCGGAAGGAUACCGGAAUCGAUAUGCAGUCUUCCGAAACUCCGAGUGCUUCAGCUUUACAACAACAGCUUAACCGGUGAGAUUCCCAAGUCACUUGGUAACUCAACAACCUUAAAGAUCUUGUCUCUCUACGACAACUAUUUGACCGGUGAACUCCCGCCAAAUCUCGGAUCUUCCUCGCCUAUGAUCGCCCUCGACGUUUCGGAAAAUCGCCUCUCCGGUAACCUUCCGACCCAAGUUUGCAAAUCCGGUAAGCUUUUGUACUUUCUCGUACUGCAAAACAAGUUCUCUGGCUCGAUCCCUGCAACUUACGGGAGGUGCAAGAGUCUUAUCCGGUUCCGUGUUGCGAGCAACCAACUCGUGGGACCUAUACCCCAAGGAAUUACGUCUCUACCUCAUGUCUCCAUCAUCGACUUGGCUUACAACUUGUUAUCGGGUCCAAUACCAAACUCGAUCGGAAACGCUUGGAAUCUGUCGGAGUUGUUUAUGCAGGGAAAUCAAAUCUCCGGUGUUAUACCUCACGAAAUAUCUCGCGCCACAAAUCUUGUGAAGCUUGAUCUCAGCAACAAUCACCUGACUGGUCCAAUACCUUCCGAGAUUGGGAGACUCAGAAGACUAAACUUACUUGUGCUGCAAGGAAACCAACUUGAUUCAUCAAUCCCUGAGUCGUUCUCUAACCUGAAAUCUCUCAACGUCCUUGAUCUCUCAAGUAAUCGUCUCACCGGAAGAAUCCCUGAAGACCUUUCCGAGUUGCUCCCAACCUCGAUCAAUUUUUCAAGCAACCAGCUAUCUGGUCCCAUCCCUGCCUCCCUGAUAAGAGGAGGUCUUGUGGAAAGCUUUUCAGAUAACCCUAAUCUCUGUGUUCCACCAAACGCUGGUUCCUCGGAUUUAAAGUUUACAAUGUGUCAAGUGGCUCCAAGAAAGAAGAAGUUGAGCUCGAUCUGGGCAAUUCUUGUCUCAGUCUUCAUUCUACUCCUCGGGGGCAUCAUGGUUUACUUGAGACAACGUCUGAGUAAAAAGAGAGCAGUGAUAGAGCAAGACGAGACCUUAGCAUCUUCUUUCUUCUCCUACGACGUCAAGAGUUUCCACCGCAUAAGUUUCGACCAAAGAGAGAUUCUGGAAGCUCUUGUGGACAAGAACAUCGUAGGUCAUGGUGGUUCGGGUACGGUCUAUAGAGUACAGCUUAAAUCCGGGGAAGUAGUUGCUGUGAAGAAACUUUGGAGCCAAAGUAGCAAAGACUCAGCUUCAGAAGACACAUUGCAUUUGAACAAGGAGUUGAAAACCGAAGUUGAGACACUCGGGAGCAUUCGCCAUAAGAACAUCGUCAAGCUCUUCAGCUAUUUCUCAAGUUUGGAUUGUAGUCUUUUGGUGUAUGAGUACAUGCCAAAUGGUAACUUAUGGGAUGCUCUUCAUAAAGGCUUUGUUCAUCUAGAAUGGUCUACUCGUCAUAAAAUCGCACUUGGUGUCGCUCAAGGAUUGGCUUAUCUUCACCAUGAUCUCUCGCCGCCAAUCAUUCAUCGCGACAUUAAAUCCACAAACAUCUUAUUAGAUGUAAACUAUCAGCCUAAAGUCGCAGACUUUGGCAUUGCAAAGGUGUUGCAGGCUAGAGGGAAAGAUUCAACCACAACGGUUAUAGCCGGCACUUACGGUUACUUGGCCCCAGAAUAUGCAUACUCCACCAAAGCAACGAUCAAAUGCGACGUGUACAGUUUUGGGGUGAUGCUAAUGGAGCUUAUCACGGGGAAGAAACCUGUAGACUCGUGUUUCGGAGAGAACAAGAACAUAGUGAAUUGGGUGUCAACAAAGAUUGACACGAAAGAAGGUUUAAUUGAGACACUAGACAAGAGAUUAUCGGAACCAUCAAAAGCCGACAUGAUCAAUGCCUUGCGUGUGGCUAUUCGUUGUACGAGCAGAUCUCCCACAAUCCGUCCUACCAUGAACGAAGUCGUCCAGCUUCUGAUCGAUGCAGCGCCUCAAGAGGGACUUGACAUGGCCUCUAAAUCCACAACCAAGAUCAAGGAUGCAAUAUUAUUCGAUAAUCUUACUCAAACGAGACUCUAGUCCUGCUUUCUUGAUGAAGAGGUGUAGCAACAAUUCCCAUAACUUCUAAACAUUCCCUGUAUUUAUCAUACAUAAAAUUGCUUAUAUUAUCCUUCUAUGUAUUUAACAAAUAUCCUUAAAAAGACUUGGGUUUUUA